AUGGCAAAGUUAUGCAUAAUGUUUCUUCUUGUUGCUCUUGUUGUAGCUCAGGCAACAGCAAGAGUUCUGCCUGUUGACAUGGGUCUGAUUCUGAAUGAGCAGAAGAACAUCCCCACAUUCGGUGGCAUGGGGGGUAUAGCUACCGGUCUUGGCUUUGGCCUUGGCAUGGGUGGACUCGGUGGUCUUGGGGACGUUAUUGGGGCAGGUGGAUUUGGUGGCCUUGGUGGCGGUGUCGGUAGCGGCUUAGGUGGAGGUGCAAGUGUAGGUGAUGUCGGUGCCAACCCCGGUAACAGUACCGACCCCGGUGCCGGUACUGUCCCGUAA